CUGAAUUUCAGUUCAACAUUCCCUUCAUCGGGUCAUUAUGCCGGCCACUGGCUUGGUGAUAACUCAGCUGAUUUCGCAGAUCUUCGAAGUUCAGUUAUUAAUAUUCAAGCAUUUAAUAUGUUUGGAAUACCGUUUGUUGGUGCUGAUAUUUGUGGUUUUUAUCAUCCGGCCACUCUGAACUUGUGCGCUCGAUGGCAUCAACUUGGUGCUUUCUACAGUUUAUCACGUGUUCAUAAACAGCAACUCGCAAAUCCACAGUACAACGAAUAUUGGAUGAAUGUCGCAGAUGCAAUGCGAAUCGCGAGCAGUUUCAGAUAUCGCUAUCUUCCGUAUUUGUAUACGUUGCAUUUCGAAGCAUCACGUUCGGGUGGUACGGUGGUUCGUCCACUUUUCUUCGAGUUCCCAAAUGAUGAUGCAGCACACGAAGUGGAUCGACAAUUCAUGUGGGGUCAUGCUUUUCUCGUUGCGCCAAUCUUAAAAGUGGUAACACUUAAACCUAAUAUGGAUCAAAAUUUGAAAUACCCGAAUGUACGCUUCGCAAAUGAAUUCCUGAAUCUGAUC